AUGAACGGUGAGGGGGGAAAGGCCUCCGCGCCGCGGGGGCGUUCGGGAAAUGUAGUUUCCAUGGCACCCCUGGAGAGUCGCGUCCUCGUUGUCAUGGCGACCGAGGGGGAGGCCGAGAUGGCGGCGCGAGGUGGGAUCCUUUUUGCUGUUGUAGCUCUGUCAGUAGUGUGGAAUGUAGACUGUUUUGACCCCAAGGGGGGAGUUUUCUUCGUCUCCGGACUGUGGAACAAGGGCUGGAACGACGCCAUGGGCACCAGGGGAAUCUAUAAACUGGACGAUGGGAACUGCCACCCCACCAACUGCUUCCCAGCCAGAAACCUUUUACGACCCCAGUAUGAAGAAGGUGAUAUGAAGCUGCACUGUGUGAAAAGCCCUUCGCAUCUCUGCUCAGUGGAUAUAAGCAAUCAAAAUUUUGUCUCGGAAAGUUCGGAGAAUACAAACGGCGAGAACAAGCCGGAGCUCUUGAGCUGCCCAGCUCAGAUCUGCGAGCGAAGGCGACGAGUUUUUCGUCAGUUUCCUGUCCUACGGGAAUUGGACCUUUCCUUGAACGGCUUGAGAAACCUUGAGGUCAACGCUGGGGACUUUCCCCACUUGGAAGUAAGAUCAAAAGGGACCUUGGGUGCUAUCGGGCUUUCUCAGAUCUUGGACCUUUCUUACAACAACCUGUCUCCCAAGGACAUCCGGGCACUGGGUGUCCUGCCCCGCUUGAAAGCUCUCCACCUCACCGCCAACGGUCUCAGCUCUCUCCCUCUCGACCUGGCUGUUUCUGAUAGCGAUGACUCCGGCUGCCCGAGCUUCCCUGCCCUGGAAGUGCUGCUCUUGGAUGACAACCACCUUUCUCACCUAGACGUCUUUGUCAGCCUAGCUAACCUCCGCAGCCUGAAACAGUUAAACCUGGACCAGAACGGCAUCAAAGAGGUGCCAUACCUCCACCAGGGUGCAAAUGCGCGCUUCUCCAUCCAUCCUUUGUCUGCCAAGUCGGGAAUCAGGGAAGGCCUGCGCAGUCGGAAAAGUGCAGAGAUACAGCGCACGCAAGAUGCGUUUUCUGGGAUCGGCGAGCAAGCAGAUUACGUCGCUAUGCAAAACACCACGGAUCCGGAGAGGACGGCAGAGGUUGUCCUUCAGACCCGUUCUCCGAGCCCAUCAACGCCGGUAAGAUUUUGGAACCAGGGCCAAAAUAAUGUCCCACAUAAAGUCAAGGUGGCCCGAUUAAUGCCCGUUUCAGAGGGCAGUCGUGUUGGUGUGCUAGAUUUGAGUCCAGUGACACCUCCGACACCAGAAACAUCGCCGUCACCCCGCGCUGCCUCCAAGAUCUCCUCGGCCAGCUCCGGCCCAGAGUUUGCACUUCCCUUGACGGAGCUGCGGUACCUCAGUCUGGCCAACAACCAGAUCGAACACGAGGAAGACUUGCUGGCCGUGGCCCUGUUCCCGUCUCUGGCCGAGCUAACUUUCUACGGCAACCCGUUCACCACCUCUCGGAGCGGAGACCCGCCGUUACUGACCAGUUUCCUUGAGGGCAGGCUUGGGAUUAAACUCGUGAGGAAGAAAAUAUCCAAACUGGAGAAGCCGCGGAUCUUCAUUCCUGUCAAAGCAAACAGGAAGGUGAAAUCGCCGUUGCCUAAAGUCCAAAAGCACGCUCCAAUGUUGGAAGCCCCUUCAGAGAGCGCCUUCUGGGAACUGUGGACCGAGACGGAGCCAGACCUUGGUGUGGAAGCAAACCUGAACAACUCUGAACCUCUCCCAUCAAUCGGCCAACGUUCAGCCGAGGAGUCGGACUCCGAGACCGAAGUGUACCUUUCGUCCAUUUUCCCUUCUCAGGUCGAGACCUCAUCCGAUCACUUCAGCGAGUCACUGCACGAAGUCCCAACCCUGCUGGCCGACAUCCUGAUGGCAUCCCUGCCACCUCGCCGAUCAUCUCUGAGCGGACAGAGUCAAUCGGGUAUCGCCGCACCUUCGGCUGAGCCCGGGUCUCUUACGCCAACGCAAGAAGGGACUUGGUCUGGAAAGAACGCUCCAACCAGGACGCCUUCGACAAAAUGGGGAUUGCCAGAACUUAAUGUACUUCCCAGCUCUUCCGGACAAGAAGCAAACCUGCCCGGAGUUUUCCUGCCGUCUGAGCUUCCCGCAGCAGAGGAGCAUCUACCUCAAGUUCUUCAGCUCGUCAGUUCCGCUCUGGGUCAAACCGCCUCGCCUCAUUCGCCCUCGGAACAGCAAACUCUUUUGGCACCUGAACCACCAACUGGAUCUCCGACAGGAGAACGGGAUUUGGCCGAGUCUCUUCCACCAAUCCGACGGACUUCGGUAGCACAGGAUCGGCCCGAGACGUCUCCGCCAGCUGGAUCGCUGGGCUCUCGCAGCUCUCGCGAUCAAGGACUGAAUUUGUCAGAAAACAUCCUUCCGGGAAGAUCGCCGGAGACGAAUCUAUCUAGACUUGGUUUGCCAGCUGGUCCUCCUUUAGAGAAACAGGAUCUGUUAUAUCUAGCUUCUUUGUGCGCCUCACCUUCCCAGCAACAGGGUUUGUUACGGACUGUUUCACGGGGUAUCUGGGGGGGCGUUCCUCCAACUAAUUCUCCCCCCUUUGAGCCAGAUCAGUUAGGACCUACUCUGGACAGGCUGCAGCCACAAACUCAGGAUCUGUCAGAGCCCACGUCUCUCCCUAGAUCACCCUCGGAGGACCAAGAUCCGUCGCAGCCUCGCUGUUUGGUCGCGACGCCUUCCGCAAUGCAAGAUCCGCUGCGAUCUUUGCCACCAGCCAGCUCUUCUUUCCAAGGCCAGGUUCUUCCAGAGCCCGUUCCACCAACCAGAUCUCCUGCAAGGGAACCAGAUUCGGCCGAGCCCCUUCUACCUGCAGGUGAACAGCUACGGCCAGAGCCCUCGCCCCCUCUGGCACAACGAGAUCGGGCGUUCUCUGUCCCACCUGUGAUUCUAAUAUCCCGAGAAUCAAGUCGGUCAGAAGGCGAACCGUCGAUCCAACCGUCUGCUAUGCAACAGCAGCCUCCCAAGUCUGUCCGGGAGAUCCACCCACUUCCUUCGGCUCGGAGCUUGGUGGGGGGUGUCUCCGGGGGCCAAACCCUUCCAGAAAAACAGGCCGGGUUGGAGUUUACCUCCCUGGCCUCGCUCUCUUCCAAAGACUUUCAGCUGUUGUAUCAACGCGGGACGUCACUCUCCUCCUCGGACAAACAGAGUUUCAGUGAUGAUCUGAUCGCAGAGCACAUAACCUUCUUCAUGACUCAGGAGGAGGCGGCCCCGGAUUCUCUCGAGAUCCUUCAAGAGGAGGAGAUGCCAAGCAAGGAGCCAAGCGCUGAGCUGAAGAAAAAACGCCCACCCGUGCCCAAGAGAUACAUAGGCUACGAAGAGCUGCUCGACGGCCCCACAGACAUGGAUUUCAUUGACCCACGGGGAAUGCGGCAGAACGUCACGGCUCUGGAGUGGGCCCUCCAGCAUCCUCUGGUGUACCGUGAACCGAGAGCCAGGCUGGAUAGUUUUCAGAAGCCGUACGUUCCCCUGGAGAAGAAGGUCUUGAGGAUCCCGGUUCCGCCCGUUCAGAAGACCAAAGCACAGAAACUGGAAGAACUUCUGCUGAGCAUGCGGACUCCCACAAACAUCGUCGAGGUCCCAGUAGUGUGUGUCUUGCGGAGGAAGAAGGCCAACUGGCGGGAAUAUCGGGAGGCCUUAGCGCUGCUGAAGGAUUUCCGAAAGAAGUAUAAAGCGGCGGAGGUGGCCUCAGCCGAGGGCAGACCGGUACCACGAAAGCAAAGAAUAGCCCAGAGGCCCAAUAGCCUGACGGGGAUCAAAGUGAGUGGGACGUGCGUAACAGUCCCGCCAGCUCCAGACACCAAAGCUGACAAAGGGCUGUGACCUCUCGUGUUGGAUCUCUCCUUCCCACCUCUGCUUGGGGGGGGGGGGGGGGGGGGG